UUCACACGUACAGUUCGAUCCGUAUGAAACAGUCCGCGCCAUUCCGAUCUGUCGUCCAAUCCGUCCGUGUAGACGUGACAAGCGCGUGGUGGUUUGACAUUUCGAUUCGGCGCAUUGGUGUGUACGAACGUUUGUACAGUUUUAUGCGGGUGCCUCGUGUGGAUGACAAUUAUUUCAAAAUGGCAGUUUGGAGCGUGGAAGCAGUGACAGGUUUUAUAAGGAUAUAUCGGGAACAUCCAUGUUUAUGGCAAGUUAAAAAUAAGUCGGCUUAUACAAACCGUAAUUUAAAACAAAAAGCAUACGGCGAACUCAUAGAAUAUAGCAAAAAUGUUGGUUUUACAACGGCGAACAGGGAUUUUGUCACGAAAAAAAUACAAAAUCUAAGGGGAGCAUUCCGCAAGGAGUUAAAAAAAGUGUCUGAAACCAGAAAUAAAAGCGGAAGUGCACAGGAUGAUAUAUAUAAACCAAGUCUUUGGUAUUAUGAUCAAAUGUUAUUUACCAAAGACCAAGAAUUGCCGACUCCAAGUAUUUCCAAUAUAGACAUAGAAAAUGAAAAUUCCCAAUACACAAACGUCGCUUCACAGUUAUUUUCUCGAACUAACUCAGUAUCACCUCCACGAGAUGUCUCACCAUCACCACUACAGGAUACUACUAAUAUAGCAUCGCUACCAAUUAAUGCCGAAAAUACAAAUACUAAGGAAUCAACCCCUACUCCACGGGGAACGAAGAGGAAGUCAAAUAUAAUUGACACUCAAAUUAAGUUCAUUAAUGUAUGCACAGAAGCACUUCAAAAAAAUAGCAGACAGAUGACAGAAUAUGAAGCUCUAGGAGUGACAAUUUCAAAAAAAUUUGAAAAAAUGGACAAAGUCCAAGCUCUAUAUGCAGAAUCAUUUAUACAUACAAUUAUUAAAACCAACCACAAAACCAGCUAA